CAGGUGGUGGUCGUCAGGCGUGUCCGUAUUUUGUUUUUAGUCAGCUGGGUGAGAGAGAGAUAAGGAACACUCCACACACACUGCCGUCUUGGAGCUUGGAAUAUCCUCACUCUCUCGUUAGGCUGCUUGAGGACAACCUGUGUUAAGAGCCAGUCAUGGGGUCUGUGACGACCGUUGUGGUGGUGGUGAUGGCGGCCGCCAUGUCUGCUUCCACCUUUGCUCAAUUACCAGAUGGCUGCUUGGACCCUCCCGGCAACAAUGCUGUGGCAGACAUCAUCGCGAACGCCUUGGAAGCUGUUCGCCCGUUGCUCGUCAAUGGUCUGCCAGAUCUUGGCAUCCCUCCGCUCGACCCCCUGGGUCCUCUGCCGGUCAUACCCUUGCAUAUCGACGUUUCGAACCUCAGGUUGGACGGAACGGUGAACGACACGCUGGUCAAGUACUUGUCACAGUACGUAGUCUGUCAAGUGAACUUCACUCUGGGCAUCUCCGAGAAGUUGGAUGUCGACCUUCGUCUUGAAGACUUCCGCAUCGAGGGCCAGUAUGAUGUAGAUGGCACCGCUCUAGCGAUCUUCCCGGUCUUUGGUAGCGGUGGUUACAGUUUGGACGUGAACGAGGCUCAGGCCGUGGUGGCAGCCAAGAUCAGCUACAACCCCAUCUCCGAUCACGCCUCCGUAAAGAACCUCCAAAUCGAUAUAGCCUUCGAGUCGCUUGACCUGGUAAUGGAGUGCAUCUUGGGGUGCGGGGACAUGGCCGACCUCAUCAACAGCCUCGCCAGCGAGAUUGCUCCUGCGAUAUUCAACGCGGUCUGGGAAGUGAUAGACCCCAUCCUGACCAGCGCUCUGGAGGAUGGCAUCAAUGAAAUCCUCAAGAACGUCUCUAUCUCGGACAUCAUCACACGUGAACAGAUAGACGUCACUGACAUCGGCAACGCUAAUGAGUUCAUGGACUUGGUGAUGUCGACAGUUGACGCCCUUAUGGUGUCUGACGGCAUGGACCCCGUCGAACUCCCGAAGACCUCCCUCAACUUCGGACUGGGAACGGCGGAGCUGUACGACGGGCUCGUCUCCGGGAUGUCGACGCUCCAUAGAGACGGCUCGGCUACUCUCGACAAGGUGGCAGACUGGAUCUUCCUCUAUGCUAAUGUGGCCGUAGAGAACCUACAGGUGACGUAUACAGCGGACGUGACGGUGGUGAGCCAGGUGACGGGGGUGAAGGUGACGGCGACGGUGACGCGGGCGGCCGUGUACCUGGUGGCCCGGGAGGACAUCUACACCCACACCGCUGAUAUCGAUCAGUUCAUCAUCACAGAAUUCGGGGAGAUUGAUGUGAAAAUUGAAGGCUUGGGUAUACUGGACUACGUCCUAGGUCCUCUCACCGAGGCGGUGGCCAACCUGGUACACGAGAACAUAGCUAAUAUCCUCGAGACUCAGGUCAAGGGAUACAUACAGGAUGUGCUCAAUGAGACCCCAUGGCCAUAACAUUAUUAAUAAACUUCCUUCUUGCA